AUGGUUAAGGAAGAAAGAACUAAGGCAAGGGCGGUUUUUGAUGCAUCGGGCAAGGGUAGUAACGUCACAUUUGGUACUUCUUGUGCUCCGUAUUUGGCAGUCAAAUCAUUACAGCAAGUUGCUUGUGAUGAAGGUCAUAAUUUUCCAUUGGCUGCUGAGCGGGUAAAGUCUGAUUUUUAUAUGGAUGACAUUAUGACAGGUUGUUACUCUGAAGAGGAAGUUGUUGAAGUGUGUCGUCAAUUGAAGGAGCUAUUAAAAAGAGGUGGUUUUGAAUUGCAAAAGUGGAUGAGUAACCAAAUGCAUCUACUAAAAUGUCUUGAUUUAGAAAGAAAUAAUGAAGAAAGCAAUGAUAAAGAAAAAGCAAACAAUUUAGAAAUAAAAUCUGAUGAUAUAACAAAACUAUUAGGACUUACUUGGAACCGAAAUAGUGAUGAAUUUCAUUUCACGGUGAAAUCUUCUGAAAAUAACGCACCUAUAACGAAAAGAAAAGUAAUUUCAGAAAUUUCACGUUUAUAUGAUCCUUUGGGUUGGGUUGCUCCUUGUAUAAUUACCUCUAAGGUUUUUAUCCAAAAACUAUGGAUUGCUGGUAUAGAUUGGGACGAUGAAUUGCCUUCGGAACUUCUUCGAGAAUGGAAGGUGUAUCAAACUGAAUUAUCAAAAUUAGUAGAUUUCAAACUUCCAAGAUGGCUGAAAACAAAAAAUAAUGAUAUAAUUAUUGAGUUACAUGGUUUUAGUGAUGCUUCGAACGUUGCAUAUUCCGCUGUGGUUUACAUUCGAGUCAUAGAUUGUGAACAUAAAAUUCAUAGCAAUUUAGUAACAGCUAAAACAAAGGUAGCUCCAAUAAAACAAAUAUCCUUACCGCGACUGGAAUUGUGUGGCGCAGUUCUACUAGCUAAAUUGUUGAGCGAAGUAGCCGAAGUUUUAAGUAUUCCAAAGGUACAUGCGUGGACUGACUCCACAGUGGUUUUAAGUUGGUUGAAUGAUCAUCCCAGUCGCUGGAAAACUUUUAUAGCUAAUCGGACUUCAGAGAUUCUUGACAGGUUAGAUACGUCACAGUGGUCUCAUGUUUCAUCGAAAGAGAAUCCUGCAGAUUGUGCAUCACGUGGUAUUACACCUACAGCUCUUUUAGAAAAUUCUCUUUGGAUGAAUGGACCAUCAUGGUUGUUGCAAAGGAAUAUUAUAUAUACUAAACCUAAAGACAUAGUUACUCGUUUGGAGGAAAGAGUUGUAAAGGUUCAUGUUACAGGUAUUAAUGCUAAUAAUUAUAAUGACAUUGUAUCAAGAUUUUCUUCCCUGAGAAAAUUGAUUAGAGUAAUAGCCAUCUGUAGAAGAUUUUUGAAAUUAAAGGAACCAAAAGGAAUCCGUGAUUUAAUGACACCUUAUUUAUCAGUAUCAGAGCUUCAGUCAUCGUUGUUUUCCUGUAUACGGCAGAGUCAAUUAGAACAUUUUAAUAUGGAGAUACAAACUUUGUUACGAAACGAGCCUCUGAAUAAAAAAGGUUGUUUAAAUUCGUUAAAUCCUUUUCUUGAUAGUUGUAAUAUUUUAAGGAUUGGCGGUCGCUUAGAAAAUUCACAAUUGUUCGAAUAUGGCAAACAUCCUAUUAUAAUUUCAAAUAAUUGUUACUUGGCUAAAUUAAUUGUCAGAGAUGCUCACGAACGAACUUUACAUGGUGGUCACCAAUUGACACUUAAUUUUAUACGUACCAAAUAUUGGAUUCUAAGAGCGAAAAAUUUGUUAAGAAGUCAUAUUCAUAACUGUGUGCCGUGUAUUCGAUACGCCGCAAAGGCCAGGACUCAACUUAUGGGCCAAUUGCCAUCAUGUCGAGUUACGCCUAGUAAACCUUUUUUAUAUAGUGGCGUAGACUAUGCUGGUCCAAUAAAUAUGAGGGUCUCCAAAGGCAGAGGUCAUAGAUCCUUCAAAGGAUAUAUAUGUCUUUUUAUAUGUAUGGCUACUCGUGCUAUACAUAUUGAAGCAGUAUCCGAUCUCACAUCUGAAGGUUUUCUUGCAGCAUUUAAACGUUUUGUUUCCAGGCGUGGACAUUGUUGCCAACUUUGGAGUGAUAACGGAAGUAAUUUUGUAGGUGCUUCAAAAGAGCUUAGGACAUUAUUUCUUAAUGAACAGUCAUCAAUGUUAAAGGAAGUAGCUUCCACACUGGCAAAUAAUGGAACAGAAUGGCGAUUUAUUCCUCCUCAUGCCCCAAAUUUCGGAGGAGUAUGGGAAGCUGGAAUCAAGAGUACGAAGCAUCAUCUAAAACGCGUAAUCGGUGAUUCGACUCUUACCUACGAAGAGAUGACGACUGUUCUUUCCCACGUUGAAGCAUGCCUAAAUUCACGCCCACUAUUUAAAGCUAGUAGUGAUUCUGGGGAUGAGAUGCCUCUUACACCAGGACACUUUUUAGUUGGUCAACCCUUAAUAGUAGCUCCAGAUAAUAAGUAUGAUUUAACGCCACUGAGUAAUCUACGCCGUUGGCAACUUACUCAGAAAAUGGUGCAAUGUUUCUGGCGACGGUGGUCUAAAGAAUAUUUGAUACAGUUUUUUCAUCGUUACAAAUGGGCUAAUUGUACAGCAGGAUCUAAAGUAGGUGAUAUAGUUCUAGUAAUGGAAGAUAAUCUUCCAUCAGCUAAAUGUUGUUUGGCCGAAUUACAGAGUUGUAUUCCUGAAAAGACGGUAUCACUCGCGUAG